GCUUUGACGAAAGAUGGCUAUAGUUUAGACGUUUUCACUAAGUUUACCUUCAUGGGAAAAAUAGCGUUGUCAACAUGAAAGUAUCGUUUAUAAUUUUAGCCACCUUGGUAUUAUUAGCCGUAAUUCACAAGACGGAGGGAAUAAGGGAGAACCACAGCGGAAGCAAAAACCAGCGACAAGGACAAAAUAAUGCCGCUGCCUUUUGGAAAAGAAGUUCAUUGCAUAAAUCAGAACAACACAAAAGGCUCAAGGAGGCGACGGAACAUAAAAUGAACGAUGUGGCCCAAAGUAAAAGACAGUUUGUGCCCGGAUUACCAUGUCUUAAUUGUCCAUUUCCACAUAUUCACAGAAUUAUUGUACAUCAUCACCCAGGUAGGUCAAAUGUUUCCGGCAAGUGACUAAUGAAGGGUCAUAUUCUUCCCGCAUUGGAAAUAGGUCAUCCGAUGAUUUUGAGAGAUCUUAUGGGCGAUUGGAAAGCCGACGAACCAAGAAAAGCGAUUGUUUCAUGAUUUAUUGAAAAAGAAACGCGUGCCCGUAUUUCCAAGCAGCGAUAAAACUCCUCUCAUACAAAGAACGACUUUCUCGUUAAAAGGAUUUGAAGUUUAUCGAAUAGUUUCUUUCUCAUUAUGCUACAAUACAAUUGAUACACUUCGGUUUUCAUAAUUGUUGGAAGCUUGCUAAUCAGAGGUGUUGUACAUUUAAGAUACUGUGACAAUUUGAUAUGGAUUUUGUUUACAAAACAACAAAGGUGCAGAUUAUCAUCACCUUAGCUCAUCGUGAUAUUUCGCCUGCGCAACGAGGGAGUUUUUGAAAAAAAUUGCGAUAAGUUAUUUUCCUCUACGUACUUAGACUUUUUUGAUUGAAUAUUAUUUAGAAUUCUUCAGAAAAGGAAAUAAUUGAAAUAAUCUUGCUAUUCCAUUGUUUUUUGACUGAGGAACCUGGCUGGAAAUUAAGUUUCACUUGUUGAAAUUCCUUUUUUGAGUUUGUGCAGGUGGUCAAUGUUUUUGAUAAGUACACAAAAUUACUCGCAGCAUUUCCGUGAACAGAACAGAGAUUUGCAAAAACCAAAUGUUCAAAACCUUCCUUUCACGAAUUAGGGAUUUGCAUGGUCACUGAUCCUGGAUGUCAAAGUCACAAAUGUUACAUAUGGUGUUUGUCGCGAAAUUCUUUCCAAAAUAAAGAUUAAAGGCGUGCCGUUUCUUUAGAACAGAAGCCGGGCACGAGGAAAAAAACUGUUCCCAUACACAUUGCAAAUAUAUGGCUAUAAAAGGAGGUUUCCGGUAGCUAAGGUUGUAACAUGGCGGCGAGAACCAAUAUUUAAAAAAAGGCAAUACGUUCAAACUAAAUUAUAACAUAGCUGGUAAAUUUGUCUAAUCAAAUUCAAUUGCGCGAGCGUGCUUCAUAUUCCUAUUGUGCACACUCAUGACGUCAGCAAGCAAAUCCCUCGAGAAAAAAAAAUUUCCAUCGGGCUGAAAAUGUUAUAAAACAACUGGUUCAUACGUAAUCUGUGCGUUCAUCGAGAUAUGAAGCACUUGGGAAGUUUGGAGAGCACUCAAGAAGCUAGAGUGUUGGCUACGCCUCGAGCAACUCUUACGCAUCUCUCGUGCUCUCCAAACUUCCCGCGUGCUUCAUAUCUCGAUGAACGUACGCUGACGUAUGAGCCAAUUGUUAACCAAUAAUUACAGUAAAAAUAUAUCUGAUGUGUUUUAAUUUCAGCUCAUUCCACUUGUGAGCCAACUCCAUGCCAAAAUGGCGGCACAUGUACUGUUGUCGCUCACGGAUAUGAAUGUACCUGUUCACCAGGAUUCAUGGGAACGCAUUGUGAACGUAAGACUUAUCUAAAUAACAUCUUGAGAAAUUUUAACGACCCAGUUCUCUCCCUAAAGUAUACUGAUUAUUUGGAUGUGUUGGUUUUUCUUCGCGUUGAUAUUUUGGAAAGUUAAAAUUACCUGCCCAGGACAAAUAAGGUUGGAAAAUUGCGGUAAUUUGAUCAGUCUAGCGAUUCAAUGUUACUGAAAAUGUUGCGAAGGCCAACAAUUUCCUAUCGAGGCGUUAUCGCACCAACUACCUUUACCAACUACCCUAGUCCCUAAUGGGAGUAAAGGGGGAGGGGGUAUAAUCUGGGCUGUAUCUAGGGCGUUCGGCAUCUUUUAAUGAUAGUUCAAAGACGUAAUGUGAAUGUGCAUAAGGUAGCCGAUGUGAUAUUAUUAGUGACCGAAGAUUUCUCUUAAUUAUCAUCAGUACUUCUGAUCUAAGCCUAAUAUUGUGUUCUAGUGCGAAGUCAGUGUGAGCCCAGCCCUUGCAAAAACGGAGGCACUUGCUAUGACGUAGGACAAGGUUACGAAUGCACAUGCGCUAAAGGAUAUCGAGGAGAGAACUGUGAAGGUAAAACUUGAAAAAAUACUUUUAUUUGUGAACAAAAUCAUGAGCUCAAGAUUUCUAUAGUCUUAUUGUUGAUGACGGCGAGGCCAAAUCAAAUAUCGUGCUUAGAAAUCAAGCGGAUAUAAUCUACUUGUUUCGAUAAAAGUGUUUAUUUCCCAAGGUCAACAUGUCGGUGAUUUUUACCCUAAUAAACUCAAGGUCCACAAAGUUCAUGUUUUUUCACGUUUUCUCAUUACAAAUUUCAAAGAGUUGUUGCUUUUUUAAGGACUCGCUCUUUGCUUAUUCUUUCUAAAAAAAAUAAAUAAAAUAUAAUCCACUGACCAAAUUUCAUUUGAAAAUAAUAACGAGUUUCUCGUAAUGAGAUUUGCCAUAUUUGUAUUAAAUACAGAACAGAAUAAAUGUCAUCCAAAUCCGUGCAGAAAUGGAGGCACAUGUACGGGUAUCAAUGAAGGAGAAGGAUUUGAAUGUACAUGUAGAGAGGGUUACAAGGGAAAGAACUGCGAAGGUAUGUUACGUAUCAUGCUAAAAUACUUGUAACAGUAUGCUAAUCAUUAAAACGUCAGGAUAAUUCUCUUUAUCAUCAUGCGAUUGAAUGAACAGACUGUAAUUGUGCAGUUGAAGAACGCAGCUUUAAUUUGACUAGAUUUUAAAUUGCAGACUCUGCGUCUGCGCUGGGUAACCGUCCAGCUGCCAAUAGUUGCUAUUGAGUACCGUAGGGCCUGAGUCCGAGUUGGGUCGGACAUGCGCAGUUUAGUUGACCUACGACUCGUGCUUUUCGUGUAACAGUGCCAAGGUAUUCACUUAUCGGGGUGAACCAGAACGUGAGAAGAAACCGCCGAGAGUGCAGAUCUUAUCUUUCAUAGAUGACUGCUUAAAGAAAACAAUGGGUGGAACGAAAAACAAUUAAUUUAAAUACCAUGAAUUUUUUGGCCUCAAAAAAUAAAAUUGUUGCGAAAAACAUUUCGGACAAGAAGUCGAGUUUUCCUUUCCUUUUUUUAAAAAAACUCUUUGACUGUACUUAAAUUAUAUCAAUCAUAUUAUAUUAUCUUUAUCAUAUCUUUUUCCGAGGGCUAUUGCUUGUGUUUGAAAAUAUAAGUUAGUGAAAGUAAGCUGUGUAUGAGUUAAAAGCCGGUGAAAAUUCAUCAAUGAAUUAAAUUUUUAUUUUUGCAGAAAUCAAUCUCUGUCUUCCAAAUCCCUGCAAAAAUGGUGCAACAUGCACAGAAAGAACUGGAGGGCGAUACGAAUGUACUUGUCCUAUUGGAUACAAAGGUGUAACGUGUGAAGGUAUUGAUACCGAUAAAUAUUUAAACUAUUUAAAGACAUUAAGGCAGCGCCAAGCUCCUACAAAUAUUUAUUGGAAAGAUUCUUUAGAUUCAAUAGUAUUUCAUUUUGUUUGUGAUUCUUUUCUAUUCUUUUAUCCUCUGGGUUUCACAUGAUAGAAAGAGUAAUUCAGAAGGAAUUGAACAUUCAUAGAAACAGAUCUUCUUUUGUCAAAGAGAGAAAGAGGGAACUGAAUGAUUUCUUUGAAGUAGCAGCCUGUAUGAAGAUAAUGACUGAAAAAACUAUCUGUCUCUUUGUUUUCAUUUGUACUGCAGAAAGGAGCAUUUGUUUCUCCAAUCCCUGUAUGAAUGGAGGAACCUGUCUUGAUGAGACAUACGGAUAUAGGUGCAGUUGCAGGGUCGGCUACAGUGGCAUCAACUGUCAGCGUAAGUGUAAACUGCAUUUUUUGAAUUACUGUUAAACAGAAUAAACUAAAUGGGUGCAAUUAUUCAAAUAAAUGACUUAGCGAUGAGAACAGUCGUUAUCGACAUAAAGUCUGUACAUGAAAGUUGCAUGUUCAAGUGUUAGUGAGUUAGCCAGAAGCUGAAUUUAAGUGCCAAAGUAUUUAACCUGAAUGAUCUUAGAACACACAUCUUGACAUUAAUCUAAACCAGAAUCAAAUGUUAGCUAAAUAUACGGAUAUUUAAAACAUAAUCUACUAAGUGCUUUCUUUACAGUCAUCGCUGUUAUUCCGGUAAAAUGGUCUCAUCUUUUUAGUUUCUGGUUUUGUUUCAAAACUUGAAUGAGUUUGCAAAUCACUUAUCUUUAGUUCGAUUUGAUCAAAAUAACGGUCUCAUUUUUUUUCACAUAGAGUGUUUGCGAAGCGUGUAUUGAUAUAUAUUAAAACAGAGGACAGCGUGAAGGCGCGCUCUUAUAGGCUACUCACACACUGAAUAUCCUUUGUUAUUCACCUUAGAGCAACGUACACUUUACAGGAAUAUAUGAGUUAAAAUCAUCUUUCUUCUGCAAUACUAUAACACUGUUUUAGUUUAUACUACAAAAAUAUAAUAUUGCCCUUAGAGUCGAUGGAAAGUGGUGGAUAUUAACUUCAUCGCUUCGCUUCCUAGUAAAUAUCCCCCACUAGCCACCUCCACUAUGGUAAAUACUCAGAUUCUGAGCGAGGAUAUAAUAUGAGUUAUAAAUUUCAUCAGAUCACGUCUGUAAACCUAAUCCUUGUCACAAUGGCGGUUCUUGUUUGGAAGAGGGAUCCUCUUACCGAUGCGUUUGUCAAGUUGGUAACCAUGGAGACAGAUGUGAAUGUAAGUGAAUUGGGAUGACCUAAAAUAAUUACGAUCAAAAAAUUCAAAUUAAAAAAGACAGAAAUAAAGAGGAUUAUAGGAAAUUUUUCAGAAGAAAAAAUGUGGGAAAAAAAGGAAGCACGAAACUCGACUAUUGAAAGUCGAUGACAGUUUGCAAAAAAUGCAACUGUUCCUAAUGAACACCAGUUUGUUUAUCUGUUUGAUUUCCUCGUUUUUCGAUUUAAUUUGACUAGUUUCAGGUACGUUUGUUAUAGAAAAUGAAUGUAACCUAUUAAUUCCUGUUUAGCAACGACUUUGACCACGUUCAGAGUUUGAUCAUUGACACUCUAUCAUGAUUCCUGUCAUCCUUAUGUUUAAUGCUGCUCUGCAACAUUGAUUAACUUUCGGCUUUUGCCUACAUUUCUAGUAAUGAGUGCCUGUUUAUCACACCCUUGUCUCCACGGAGGAACCUGCGUGGAUACAUAUUUUCUACACAACAAUGGGGAAUCAAAUAUGUACGCCGGUCCCUCUUUCGCAGACUAUUCACAGAAUGGAAUGUCAUACAUUUGCAAGUGUGUUUCUCCUUUCUCUGGGCAUAACUGCGAAGGUAAAACAUAAACCAUUCCUUUCAUAAUAUUUGAAUAGCUUAUGUCACUUAAACUUUGGUGGAUAUCCUUAUUGUUGUCGGCUUUUUAUCGCUAUGUAAUGUAGAAGGUGCUGUCAGAUCCUAUUCAGUUUCACCAGGCGUGCAUGUGAGCCCCAGUCCCGCGGCGAGAUAUCUCCUCAGUUCUAUACAAUUAAGAAAACAAUAGAUUAAGUUUAGAGCUACUUUUUUUGCUUUGCGGUGAAUACCAUGUGGAACUUUCCAGGCCCACUAAAGAACAGCAUCGACGGUUGCAGUGGCGCAGUACGGAUAAAACAAAACGAUAUUGAUUCGUCGUUGCAUGUCUUUUGGAGAUGUUGGAAGGUUCUCGUAUGUGCCAGACAAUAUCAAAAUUUUUGGCAUCAUACUUAGCCUAUUAUCAAGCUAGCCAUCAAGUUGCGCUAAAACUGAUAAGCCUCAGGAGGAAACUGGCUUCAAAAAAUAAGAAAUAAAUUAAAAAACUGAUAAAACACCAAUUCAUUUUUUCCUUCACAAAAUUGAUUAUCUUCAGGUAUAAUUUUCUUUUGCAUUGGCAGAUGAUAGUUGUCGAUAUUGCAGUCCAAACGCAGAAUGCAUUUUGGGCCAUUGUGUUUGCAGCGAGGGUUAUCAUGGAGACGGAAAAACAUGCAAGAGUAUGUAUCAGAGAAGAAAACUCGGUUUCUGUCUUAGAAGUUGUGGUUUCUAUAAAUGAACAUAGGUUGUAUUUGGGAUAAGUAGCUAGUGCUGUGUAGUUCAGUUGUUGGAGAAGGCGACCACGAAAUCGCUCGAAUCCUCGAGGUAGAAUCCAGAUUUUCUACGUUAUUUAAACUCCAGGACUGAAUUCUAAAAUCGCAGAUUAGAUCUAUACACGUUUACUUUUCACAGUAAGCGUGUUUGAAUUUUUUGCCUGUUGUAAAAGGAUAACUCUGUUGCUUGCAAUUUCCAUUAGGAUCCGUUGAAUCCUUAUAUGAUUCAAUUUUACGCAAAAAGUCACAGAGGAGAGACUGUUCGUACUUACCUUAAAUAAAUAAUUUGCAAUUUGUAGUUACUUGUGUUAAAAUCUAUAUUAUUGGGUAUAAAAAUAAUGCACUUUGCUUAUAGAAAAUGUUUGUCAUCCUAAUCCUUGUAAAAAUGGUGGAGCCUGUCUUCCAACUGACUCAUCUUAUGACUGUGAAUGCACGUUGGGAUGGACUGGACCACACUGUGAAAGUAAGUGGAAGAAAUCAGCGUCAUACUUUACAGUCAUCGUUUUCUGAAAUGGGUUUGACGUACAAGGCCAAUUCAAAACUAAAAACGAACUACACGUGCUCUUGUCGCCGCGAGGAAUGAAAUGUAGGAAUUUUCUUGGAUAACAAAACAAUACUUCUGCACUGAAUUCAAUUUUCUUCUAUAAGCUAUAAAGUACUAUCUAUAAAGCACUUUUAAAGUAUUUUUUCAGAAAUGCUAACACCAUAGCCACUGAAUACGUAACUUUCGGUUUUUCUUUUAGUAUAUUGGUUUUCUUCCCCUUCUAAGAAAGUUUGAACCUCACUGUCUGUCAGCGAUACGGAAUUUUUAGUGUUUUAGCCGCCAUAAUUCGAGAAAGCUCCGACAAACAACUUGUAUUGAGAAUUGUGAAGGCUUUGCCGUUCAUUCAUCAACCUGACCGAGUGGCGCCAAAGGCGAGUGACGUGUCAGCAGCUGAUUGGCUAUAUCAACACACGUAAAAAAAAUACGAUAUUUUUCACUUGUGCUGUUACGGUCUCUCUCAAGGCCGGAAAUCCCUGUAUAACACCGCAGCUUAUGUGAUAAAACAAUGUUUUUUCGGUAUUUACUCUAGCUCGACAAUACUGCGUUCCAAAUCCUUGCAAAAACGGUGGAACCUGCAUCCCUGAAGAAAAUGGUUACAGGUGCAGCUGCCUCAGUAAUUUUGAAGGAAAUGACUGCGAAAGUAAGUGAAUAUCAUCACAUGAUUCUUGAGUAAAUCUCCAGUGAGAGCCUCUCACAUUUUGAGACAUCUUCAUAAUUCUCCUCAAUGUCGCACUCUUUGUUCUGAUGAGUGUUUUAACAUCUUAGAUCACGCUUCCAUGUUUUCAAAAAGUGUCGUUCAUUUUCUUAAACUUGUUACUGCUGUCCCAUGAAAAUAAACGAUGAAUCAUUAGAUUUAAUUCUUUUAGCAUUUGAUUGUUACAUUCACCUUUCUUUUUCUAAAAUGGUGCAGAUUUUUGUCCUUGAACAGCCAAUGAUUCGAGUUGACAAGUUUAUUGCUCUCCGACUGCAAUUUUGAUAUUUUUCCUCAAUGGAGUUGAAAUCAUUUCAAUUUAGCGUCGUAUAAUAUUACCUACAUUAUUUCUCAUGCAGCCUAAAAACAUCAAAACUGUUUUAUUUUGUUGUAUUUUUUCUACUCACGUCUUCCAUGGGAUUUUCCUUGAAAAUUUUAUUCAUCUUCAGAAUAAAUUGAAGUCUGCAUAUUGUUCAUAAUUCAUUAUCAUCAUAUUUACAGAGGCAAAUCCUUGCUCCCCGAACCCAUGCCAAAACUCUGGUACAUGUAAAGAAAUGAAUGGGGUGGCAACUUGUGAAUGCACUCCACAAUACGAAGGGAAUUUCUGCAAUAGUAAGUGCACAUACAUGCUCAAAACAUGACACAUACAAGUCUUUGUUACUUAUUUCUUAAGCACAUGAUUUUCACUUGUAGAUUAUAUGGUCAGCUUGUUGGAGAGUUUAAUUCUCAAACGCGCCUGUAAAUGAACGAGUGUGAACUAAAUAACUGCCCCUCGUUAUGAAUCACAGGAAUCCUUAAAAACUUUUUUAUCGGAAGCGAAAAGUAAACUGUAAAGUGCGUACUGACCAAUCACACCAAAGUAAAAAGCAGACACACGCUAGUUACCGAUACUUCUGUUGGUUUAUUUUUCUGGCUCCUGAUUACAUUUUUCCGUGGAACCCCCACACAAAAAAUUGCAUAAACAUUUUUGCCAUUCAGUGUCUUUUGAGUUUCAGAGUAAAGACACGAAUCGCUAUAAUGUAAUAAUUUUGCUCAUUACAGUUGACAAAUGUGCCAAAUGUGACUCGCAUGCUCGCUGUGAUAAUGGCAACUGUGUUUGCAUGGAGGGAUGGGUUGGUGAUGGACAAACAUGCACACCCAAAGGAGGCCGUAAGUAAACCAACUUUGAUAUUAGUCUUGCUUUGAAUUCAAAGAAAAUGGAAUUUUUUUAAAGUAAAUCAGCAUAAAUGAAAUCAAUUUUUCUAAAGACAUUAAAUGAAUCCCACUAAAUGAUGUAAAAAGGUCUCCUGUUCGUGGUCAAUAGAAAAUCGUUUAAGUGUAAAAAAGGCUGAAAGCACAAGGGUAAAAGUUCUAUAUUUGCUGCUUUUGCAUUUGUGUUUUUCUGAUUUGUUUUGUUUUAUUUGUUUGUUUUUUAAAGUAAAGUUCAUGCUUAACCUCGUAAUAUAUCAAGAGCAAUGAAGAACCAUUAAAAACGUGUUUAUUUCCAAAAUAGCACCAGGAAGUGGAAGCAUAUCAGGAAGCAGCCCUCCUGGUGCUCCUGCCUCUAGCCCGAUACCAAGUAGCCCUUCAAGUAGCCAAGGUGGCUACGGUCCUCCUGGUUCAUAAGAUCUUCAAACUAGCUAAGGAAGAUCUUCCUCCUAUUUUCUUCCACCGACUACCCUUGAGAGUUCGUUAGGGGGAAUGUUGUGUUCUAUCAUUUCCCAUGGCCUUUGCAACCGAGUUAACUUGAUGACAGCAACAACUGUACGGUCAAGUGACCACGACUUGUAAAUAGGAAAAGGACUGGACAAUACUGGACGGAGAGCACGACACAGCCGCCACAUUACCACUUAGAGACAAUCUGAUGGACGCAUGUUAUGGAAUGCAAAAUAGGAUAGAACACGAUUCCAAAAAAUAGAUACUAUGAAAUAUUUUAAAAAAACAUAGCUUGCAUCUCCUUAUCAUUGUGGUGAUUAAUAUUUGAAGUGGUAUGAGAGUAAUAAAUUAGCCAACGAAAACUCUGCGCAAGUUAUUUUCGGUGGUUUUGCAACGCUUAUUUCAAAAUUACUUCUUCCACUUACAAUUAUAACUGUGGUGUAAUAUUGGAAGAGGAAAAUAGUAUCCUUUUGGCCGGUACUCUCAAUUAAGCAGAUAAGGUAGUUAAAGUUCGGGCCUGAUCUAGGAAAAAAAGGGACACGCACACGACAUGAGGAUAUCUGGUCAACUACUUAGAUAUAUAAAGAAAAAAAUCAUAUUAAGAUAUCGUGGUAAGAAUGUUUCCUUUGCUCGUCUCUUCUAUUUGUAAGUUACUAUGAAAAUAACUUGUAUUUGCAUUUGAUAGUUGGCUCUUUGUCAAAAUGACAGUAUGAGAGGAAGCACUACAUCAUUCAGUUCUCAUUCCUUUACGUGGGAGUUGUAAUUUUUCAGUAUCUACCUCACGCGCUCGACAAGAUUUUCCUAGUCCUUGUCAUAGCACGUGCACUUUGUGCUAGCGCUCCUUGCCUGCUCUAAAAGGGACCAGCAAAAGGCUUAUCAUUCCACUUCCAAUUCUACACCUUCCCUAUCUUUCCACUUGCCAUUUACCUAAGAAGCUGAAUUUUACAUACAUAGUAAUUGAUUCCUUCAUAUGAUCUGUUGGAACACAGACGCAGAGAUGACGUCAUAACCAAACUAUCCAAUUGGGUUUGCGUUCUUCUCGUAAGCAAGUAUGCUGCGGAUACGCUAACUCGACGCAACCGUUCAGUUUUUUUGUAGCCGCGUAUGUGGAAUUAAACCCCUGAUUGAGCUUCUAGUGAAUAUAACAACAAUUAAUGAAUGCUGAGAUAAAGAAGCUUCCACAUACGACAUGGACAUCGUUUGGAUCUUGAUAAUUUAUCACUUUGCCUGUAACAAGAUAUUGCCAUGUUCCCUACCACGCUUUUUCUUUAGCCUAAUAGCAAUAUCCUUUAGAAUAUUCUUCAACUUUUCACUUGAUAUUUUCCAAUAAUUAUUUCCACAGAACUAGUAUCGACGCAAUUUUAUAUCUCAAAUACACAUUUAAUGCAAUGAAAAACCUUUUCAUAACCGGUAGUGAGUUUACGUCACACAUUUUAUGACCGAGAAUUCAGCAAUAACAGAGAUAAUUGUGGAAAUUUGGUAGUCUACUGAUCGAAUGAUUUAGAAGUCUAAUUGCAACUUGAAACGAUGCUGAUUGACAUUGCAUAGUUCGUAAGCGGUCUAAGCAACUAACGACAAAAAUAAAUGAGGCUGAGAUAUUUCCAAGAGAGGACAGAGAUUUUGGUUAUUACAAAUAAUAGCUGCCUUCAAAUUGGACAUCUAUAAAAAAGGAUGAAAAUUGUCAGGGUGUAUAAUUCUAGAAUAAUAAUUGUUGUUUAUUUCAAUUUACUCGAUCCUAGAUUCCCGUGAUUUGAAUCUUAUUUUAACAUUGAACUUGCUUAUACUGUUUUUUUUGUCUCAAGCUUGAGCUGACGAGUUUCUGCUUUAUUGCAUACUAUUUUUUUUUACGCGGUGUUUUCUUUCAGCACCCGGUUCACGCUCCAAUCCAUGCGAUCCGAAUCCUUGUCAAAACGGCGGCCAGUGUGUUGACCAAGAUAAUUCUUAUCAAUGUUUAUGCCAAGAGGGCUUCUCAGGCACAAACUGUGAGUUAGGAUUGAGGAACAACCCGUGUGAUGCAAAUCCAUGUCAAAAUGGGGGACAGUGCACAGCUGUAGACGGAAAACCUGUCUGUACUUGCCCUGAGGAGUUUGAAGGAGAAUUUUGCGAAAAGCCUAAAGGUAAAUUUCUAUUAUUAAUUUUCAGGAACAUUGCUAAAGAAGACAUUGUCUCCCUAUAGAAUCAUUGUUUUAAGAAAGAUUGAUUGAUACUCAAACAUAACUAUUCGAUGGGGGCAUGUCACCAUCGAUAAUCAGUAUCUACCUUUUAUUUUUUCCUGUUUUCUUUUAUUCUUCUUAAUAUAACAUUUCAUUUAUGCAUAUCGUUAGCAGCUGUCUAUGAUUUGCUUAAACACAGCAUUCUUUAAGUUUCAAAAAAUCUUGUCAUCAGAAUAUUUCAGCAGUAGAUUUAAGGAUAGAGUGCACACCAGCGGGCCUGAUCGAUCUUACUCUUGGUUGUUAAGACGUUAAAGAGAUAGCUAAUGAACAAUUGCUUUAGGUGGUAAUCCUGUGGUUCCUGGGGGUCCUGGGACACCAGGCGGCAUAAAGUCUGCUUGUCACCCAAAUCCUUGCAUGAAUGGAGGAACGUGUACGGAGAAUGGAGGUGGUUAUGACUGUGCCUGCGUCACUCAAUACAGCGGACCUAAUUGUGAAAGUAAGAACCAUUAAUAGAUAUUUUUUAAUCUCAAAACCUCUGCGAGACUUCCUUUGUCGAAGCGCAAGGUUUAAGAUAAUAAAUUGUUUAAAGAGCUACCAUUUCAUUCAUGUCUGUAACCAUAAAAGUGGGGAGAAUGCGUUUGUCAUUAACGGACUUAAAAAAAAAAAAUUAAAUUAUAGUCACAGCCUUCUCCACAAACUUCUCUAAAGCAGUUGUCUAAAAUAACCAAAAAGGUGUCGCGGAGUUUUACAUAAUCAUUUACACAAUUUUCAGAACAAAAUGAUGCGUCUGUGCUUACUCAUAAUUUCGUGAGUACGGAAAAUUGAAAAUUCUUCGAAGCUUUUAGUCUUUCUAGUAAAGGCAAGGGGUUUUUAAUUCAUUGACAUGGUCUCUUUGUUUGUUACUGAUUUGUAGUUGACGAAUGUGAAAAGUGUGACGUAGACGCGAUCUGCGUUAAUGGCCAUUGUAAAUGCAAACAUGGAUAUUAUGGCAAUGGGUACCAAUGCGAAAAAGGUAAGAAGAAUGCCUAUUUACUUGUCAUAUGCUUUCGUCUCCAUUAUCCAAUAUAUAGAAAAUAUAUAUCGUUAUCUAAUGACCAACGCGGCAUUUCUACCUCACUAAUACAAAUAACCCACGAACAAAUUAAAGCGAGGUACAUUUUUAGAAUCAGAGGUGAAUUCUGUUCGGAAAGCCGUUUCGAUGUAUGAAGGAAGAACAAAGUAGAAGCUAGUAUAGUUCGGUCAAGCUUAAUUGCGAAAACUCCUGACCCAGGCCCUCGAUGAGUUGCUGCUGUGAUUUAUUUCGUACAACAGAAUCUGCACUUAUCGUGUUUGAGCUGCUUCAUCGUGCUUUUCUCGAACUUGCGAAAAGGACUCGUCAUAGUACGCAUUUUUAGGUUUUAUCUCAAUUUGAGGCUACCAGACAAAUAGCUUUUUGAAAGAGAACGUCACCAUUUGAUAUUCCCUUGUUUGUUUUCUUUCCCUGAGAUAUUGCAUCAACGUUUAUUGCUUCUUUUGCUGCAGAAAAAGAUACUCAGUGUCAGGGCUGCAGUCCAUUCGCUCAAUGCCAAAAUGGCAUUUGCGUCUGCAUUGAACCCUACCAUGGGAAUGGAUAUAAUUGUAGAGGUUAGUGACACACCGAGAAAUAAUGAAAGCGAUUUUACUCUGAGUUUUUAAGGCGUCUUCAGGCGUCGACGGGCAAAGGGGUUUGCGUCCAUCAUGUCGCUCGCCCUCAGGACGGUGAUUUUGGGGAAACUAGGUCUAUAAAGGCUGUGCUAAAAUCAAAAGAAAAUGUGCUUGUAGUUAAAAAAAAAAUUUUGUAAGAAUAAAUUAGUGGUCUUAAGCGAAUGACUAAGAGAUACUAUCAAUGCAAGAAGACAAAUUUUUUUCUAUAAAUGGGAAUAGUUUCCUGUUUAUUGAAAUUAACAACAAUUUCUAUACUCAAUCUAAAGUGCACCAACUUAGCGAAGUAAAACGCAGUUGGUUUAUAAGCCCAGAUCAAUGACCAUCACGUGAUAUACUCUGCCUUAAUUACCUAUGUAUUAUACUACCCUGAUGCUCCUCACCUGGUCUCAGACCCUGUUGUGUAUAUAUCUUCUACCGACAGAUUACAUAUUUCGGCCUACUCCAUUAGGUCAUUGCACAGAUUUAAAUUUCAUCAAUAUUUUUGCAUCUAAUUUUAGUUACAAUUGUUAUCCUUCUCUACUCUUGAUUUAGCUGUCAAUCAGUGCAACAACUGCCCUCUACCGAGCACGUGUGUUCAAGGAACCUGCCUGCCUCCUUCAGCUGGGAAAAAGUAGGAUUGUACGUGGGAUAACAACGUCAAUGCAUGCCCUCUUUGGAUUUACAAACAAAUGUGAAACAUUUGAAUUAUUGAAAGAAAAUAGGAGAUGGAAUUGAUAUGUCAUGAGGUUAAAUAUUAAUAAACAAAGAGAGGAAAGCCUCUUCGAAAGAGGAAACAACAUCAAAUUACGAAUCAACAGUUGGAAAUAAAAACUUUAUCUAGGAGAUUGUUAGAGGAAGUAAGACUUUUAGGUUUAAGAUCUCUUCCAGAAUUCAAGACUUUCAACUUUCAUUUGGUUAGUUAGAGAAUUUUUCAUGGAUUUACCUUCUGCAUUUGAAUGGUCUACACAGGAGUCUAAGGUAGAGGAAAAAGAACCUGUGGACAAAAAACGUCAGUGACGUAACAAUCAAACGAUACAGCUUGGACUUAUUGAAGAUGUUUCCCCACUGAGUCAUAUCCUGUCUUGUCUUUACAGAUCACUGGUUAAGAAUCUAAAAGAGAAACACACGUAAAGACGAGAAAUAAUUGCGCUAACUUCAGAAGUGAUGAUACGGAAAAGAUCCCCCCUACCUUUAGGGACAUCUACCUAUCAAGACUGUAGUUUUGAUGUAGUAAAGACUUUUAAAGCUGCUGAAAGUAGUUACAAAUCUAGUGAUGUAAGGAGACACAAUGUAAUGUGACGUUGACGACGGUAUAUUUGUAGUAUCGUUGAUAUCGAGAGAACCAUGACUGAGAGACAAUGUUUCACAGAUAUUCAACCUUUGAAAAUCAAUUUUGAUCAGUUGUUUAUUAACUUUUUAAAGAUCAAUAUAGUUUGCAAAACUCGGAUAGCCCAUUUGUUUAUCGUGUUAUAAAAGUAUUUUGUAUAUGUAACAAGGAAAGAUAGUUGUUAGCAUGUGCAAGAUAGCGAUCGUGUUCCUUUUCUUUUGGAUGUUAUUGACGAGUAAUUAAUUGGCUAACUUGCGAAUGUUAGGAAAACGGUUGCAGCGACAUUACCAUCAAUAAAAAUCUUGGAAAAAACGAAAAAAAGAAAAAAAGAAAACGAGUGAUGAAACUCCAUCAUGAUAAAAGAAACAUUGAUCCAAGGCAAUUUGAAGGCUUCAAAACAAGAUCCCAUCAUUGAGGUCUCAAAAUAGCCGCGCUGAAAUACAUCCUUGUUAAAGUAAAACAAUAAAGUAUACGAUUUGAAAUAUGAGUUUUGUUGAUUCAAAAUCGUAUCUGCAUAAACUUGCUUCAAUAUUUGCCUCAUAGUUCUCUCCUAAUAAGUUCUUACUUACUUUUCUUCUUGGCUGUGCCUAAAGUAUGCUUUACCAAGCAAAAUACGGCAGCAAUAAAUAUUGCUGGUAAAGGACUUGAUACCUGCCACGGUUGUAAGUAAUGAGAGCAGAAAAAGCAAAAUUCAUCAGCCCUAUUAUGUCUUCAAAGUCGAUUCAUGGAACGCAAUAAUAAAUUUAAAAGCGUUUUCUGGUCAGUUAUACCAACAACAGCAAAGUCUCGAGCACUAAUAUUCCUCCUAAACGCUUUGGUCGUGUUGGACAAACAAAGAGGAUAAAACACCGUAAGGCACCUGCAUAUAUAUGCACAGAUGUUUUAACAUCGGUCACGUUCUGAAUGGUAUUCAGUUCGCAAACAAAAUUAAUCGAAAUGAGGUUCAGGUUUUCAUUGGAUUAAAAUCAUAUGCGAAGGAACCGGAAUUUUGCUAGUUUUCGGGAGAAUUUGAAUUUAAAUUUAAUUCUUUCAUUUCAAUUAAAAACUUGCUUUUAAAACAUUUCAAAGACAAUACAAUCAUAAUGAGGUAAUAAUCGAUAGAGUUUGACAGCGCAUUGUCAUCCGUGAAUAGUAACACAGUUGCAAAUAAUGAACAAUAAAUUAAUCUUAUCUUCACCCCUGAUUGCUAUGGCAGGUGGCAUUGACUAGUACCUUAAAUUAGGUCUUUUAAGAUAUUUUCAGUAAAUAACAAGCGAUGCAACUCCUUUAAAACUACUUGAAUCAGUAUCAUGAGUUAGCCAACGAAUAGGCUAGAAAUGUCUCGUAUUUAUUCACUAGUAUUAACUUUCUUUGUAAAAGUUGACCCACUUAUCCCACACGUCAAGAUCCACUUACCCCGUGUAUAUCGAAGGGACUUCCAAAUAACGAGGGUAAAUUAUAAGAUCUCACCUUUUCUAAUGUUUAACUGUUAUGUCAGUAAGUGCAUUCAGCUAUAACGGCCUUUUACACGAAUUUGGAAGAGCAAACUGCACAACUUAGUCAGAGGCAAAGAUGAGCAUUACAUGUUUGGAUUUGUUAGAUUUGUAGCAACGUACUCUUUCGUAAUGAAUUUAUUCAAUUGAGUAAAAAUUAAAGAUUGCAAAAGUUAGCCAUGUUUCCAUUCAUCUGACUACUACCGUGGAUGACAGGAGGUUUUCAAAUUGAUUUAAUGAGAUAUUUUUCCCUUGCAAGAGUCUUUGGGCGGAACCUAAAUAUUAAAUCACUGUAAACACUUUUUUGGUCACAUGCUAACCUAAAUGCCAAACUAAGGUUUAGAUUCUCACAAACAUGACUAAUUGAAGAAGGAAACAUCUUUUCUACUAAUUUCUGGUGAUGGCCGCAGCACCAGUGAGUUUAAUCCAUUGAUUGAAGUAUCACAAAAAACCAGUUUAGUUUUUUAUUUGUUCCUCGUUUAAUCCUGAUAGUUUCAUUACCUUGAACAUGUUCAUCAGCUCUCCCUUUUCAGAGAAUUUUUCCAUUAAUUCGAAUAAUUAGUCUUUGUUAUCAGAUCAAGAUAUGUGAUAUUAUUUUCCUAAAGUUCGUAUUUGAAGAAAGUCUACAAGCGCUACCACUGAAGCCGAGCACCAGUUGAUCCAUCAAUAAUUUACUAGUUUAGGCGAGCGGGAGAGUGUCUUUUUAACAAUGGAAUGAUUUGUCUUCGUUGAUGCCGUCUCUGCGUCUCUGAACAAAUAACAUGUAAUAUGUUUUACUUUAAACUUCUAGCUGUAUACCAACUAUUCUGCCUUUGUUGCAAUCCAAGCCUUCUUGUUGUUGGUAAACGGCAGAGUGUAACCCUCAAGAAGACUAAAGCCCAUGAAGUUGAAAGCAAAGUCCACAAAGUCAACGUUGGAGGGACAAAUGACGACAGCUUUACUGCUAAAGAAGACAGUAUUAUUGCAAAUUCCACAUCAACGAAGGAAGUAAAAGACGAGAGUGGAAGUCGGAGAUAUUUUUUCCCACACCCUUUGAAUGUAAUACCGCCGCCAUUCGCAAAUCAUCACAUUCACCUGGUACCAAAGCCGUACCCUGUUGUGUCCGUUCAGUACGUCCCAAGGCCAUAUCCUGUACCAUACCCAGUAGCGCCUCAUGUCCACGUCUCCCAUCUUCAUCUUCGCCCCAAAUGUAAGUAUAAAAUGAUUAUUUAACAUCGUGUAAAGAAAAAGAGGUGAAGGUGAAAGUUCUCACUGGGUGUAAACAGGUGGUAAACUCGCUCGUUCGGAGAAGGUUCCUUUACACGCGAAAUUCGUCUGUUUCGGCGUCAUCUUUUAAGUAGAGAUGAUUUAGUCCAGGCCGGCAGAUAUCCCUCCUUGAAGAUGAAAUUUCAAAUUUGUACCAUAAAUACUGAAUAAUGUGUUUGAUGACUUCGAGCUCAAAUAAUAUCUCGAAUGAUGAGUGAUUUAUUUUUCGCAUUUUGCUUUACUAUUGAACUUACAACCAGUUUCAAGGUGUUUCAACUAUUAAAUUUACUGUUUUCACAUUCAAUUAGGCGUACAGCGCAAGGUGUAAGUUUUAAUGAUGACUUUCUAGAUCAUUUACUGAAACAAAUCCCGCAUUUUGUUAUAGUUUUAGUUGAAAAGCACAGCGGUAGUUCAAGAGUGAAUAGAGAACAAGAACUUAAAAUGCAAUUAUUUCAGUUAGUUAUAACGAACGUGAAUACAUCGCAACUAAGUGGAAUAAUUCUAGUAAAAGCAAUCCUUUACUGUCUGCCAUGUUCCAUUUAGCAGCAAAUUAAGCGGAAAACAAACAUACUGCGCCGGACGGAAACAGAAAUUCCUUCGAUGUAAUUCUUAAAAUUAAUAUUGUAAUUUUCUUAUUUCUGCAGACCACCUAAAUCCGUGCCAAAAUGGAGGGAUUUUCGUAAAGCUACCUCAUGAAUACUUUUGUAUUUGUCAAAAAGAAUUUCGGGGCAAGAACUGUGAAGGUAAAAUGUUUUACGUCUGUUUAAGGUAAAUAUUUGUUUUUCCUUAUACAGUAUCACCAGUUUGAGAAACUAAAAAUCUUCUGUCUUUUUUUUCUGUUUUUCUCCCAACCGUCUCCUUCUAGAUAGAAAUUACUGCGCUUCAAGCCCUUGUAAGAAUGGAGCUACAUGUACUGAGAUUUCUGGCGCAUUUAAGUGCAGUUGUCCUCAUGGAUUUCUCGGAGUGGUAUGUGAAGGUAUGAAAACACUUCAACUUGAUACUGAAAUGAAGUAUCACUUAAGCCGAACAUCUAGAUAACCAUUGAAACCUCAAAAUAUCUCCACGGGUUUUUUUUUUCAGUGCAUGAAGUUAUUUUCACUAUUAGCCAUAGGAAUUCUUCGCUAUAUUAAGACAACGUAACGUUUUGAAAAAAAACGCGACUAAAAGUUUGAAGAUGGUCAAGCGCGGUGUUCUUAAAUAAUGGCUAAACUUUGUUGAAAUAGUCGAUCUUGCUCUUUACCAUCGUAAUGUGAAAGGCAGUUUCUUAACACAACCUUAACAUCACACCUCGAUAUAAAAAUAUAUUGGAGGCUCUUAAGGGAAACUUCAAGUACAACUAAAAGUAUUGCGCUGGAGAUAGAGCUUGGUUUCAGUUCCUCAUCGGCUUUUAAGUUUUGAUGAGUCACUUGAUAAACGACUCAAUCAACCAUUUUUUUUUUCACCCUGGUUACCUGUCGUUUGAUUCAUGUUACAGAGCCUAAUCCUUGUCACCCAAACCCUUGUAAAAAUUCGGGGGUAUGCACUAGAUCGGAUUCUGAAGAAAAGUUCUCCUGUAUCUGUCAAGAAGGAUUUAAAGGAAUACAUUGUGACUGUAAGUACCACUUUGAAACUAUGACUGUUGUGGUUCGCUCAUAGUGUACUUUCGGUUAAAUCCUUUUACAGUCACAAGACUAAAACGUAGAUUGUGACUAGUUAACUAACUAACAUGCUAAAUAAAUGAUUAAAUGAUGCCAUUGGACUGACUAGCUUACUAAGUUGCUAACCAGCUAAUUGAUUAACAGACUAAUUGACAGACUGACUGACUAACUAACUAGGUAGCUAAUUAGCGGUCGAUAGAACAGACAUACUAACUUAAAAUUGUCUAAUAUAAAUUUCAAGCUAAUUCGCGAUAUGGAGGUUAUACAUUGCACAUCUGUUUGAGUGGGCCUGGGGCAUAAAUUUUCUGAUUGACUUCUCUUCUCAGCCAUAAACAAGUGUGACCCAAAUCCUUGCAAAAAUGGCGCAACUUGUCAGCAGACUGCUGGUGAUAAUUACAUCUGUAUUUGUCCUCCAUCUUUCAAAGGAACUCUAUGCACAGGUAAGGCUUAUAAUAGCAAAGUUCAUUAUUCUAAGCAAAAGUUUGAAAUUUUCUGCAUUUAAAAUCCAAAAAACCUUAUGCCAAAAUUCCUUUUCGGGUUUUAAGUGAUCUUUAAAAAAGAAUUAAAAUUUAUUUUUGGACUUCUAAAGUAAAAUAGGCUUGAAACCUUAAAACUAGAUUGUAUAGCCUCACAGGUGUAAUUAAAUUAAUUCAUAAUCAUGACGUUUGUUUGGUCAACCAUAAAUUUUUAGGGUAUGAAUAUGACAUCGAGAUGUUUGCAUAUAUGUACCAUUUUGCAUCCAUGAAAAUAUUGUAAUCGAUCCUCUCUAAUCAAACCAACUGCUUUGAUUCACUGUUUAAAUGUUUGGUACAGCGACUCUACAGAUUUUUGGCGUAGAGGAAGCAUUUUCAUGCCCCACGUCUUUCUGUCCUUAUAGAAACAAAGCAAUGCUAUACCAACCCUUGUCUUAAUGCCGGAACCUGCCACGAGGAUGGGUUUGGAUAUAACUGCACUUGUAGACUGGGAUACACCGGAAGCAACUGUGAAAGUAGGUUUUCACCCUAUAAAACAGAUAAUAACAACAAACAAUAAGCCGAAUCUGAACCUGGCCUCUCGAGGAAAUAUGUCCACGGUUAUGCUUUUGCUUAAUGAAAAGAAAAGGCUUCCUUUUUGUUUAUUUUUUUCUGGAAGACUUAGCUUAUAGCCUGGAGACUUUUCUGGCGUGAUGGCUGGCGAGAGUGAAGUCCGAAUCAGUUAUCAUGUACAGAAAUCGGGAGCGAAUAACCGAAUUAGUCUAUUAUUCAGAUCUACUUGUCCUUCCAUACAUAACAACAAAACAGGCUCACGUCUCUAUCUUGUACUGUUUUAAACUACACAACGUUAGGCUACCAACUUUAAUUAUCGUUUAUCAUGAUAUAGAAUACUUAGUAAAGUGGCAAAUCAGACUGCAGCGUUUGGGAUAGAAUGCUAGGAGAUUGAUACUAACAUUCAUCAUGCAAUAGUUAUGGAAUGAUUUCCCUUUUCAUGAUUGACAGGUCACGUGUGUCACCCCAACCCUUGCUUGCAUGGUGGUCACUGCAGGGUAUCUUUUGGACAUUCCAAGUGUUUUUGUCCUCCUCUGUUUAAAGGAAAUAAGUGUGAAAGUACGUAGAUAUAUAUAUAUAUAUAUUUUUUUUUUCUCGUAUUUAAACGUUUCCAGUUGCUAAGCAAUUCUAGAUAUGAAGAUAACCUACUUUUUCUUCGCGCCAGAUCAGUUUUACCCCUCCAUCCCAGUACAAUAUCCCACUUUAUUCUCUGAUUGUGCAGUGGGAAAGGGUAUUAUAGCAAAAUGCAGUCCUUUCUAUACUUUAUUCUUAAAAAUUCCCUAAAAAUAGUGACGUAAAUAGCGUGUGGUAUUGAAUUUUGUCGCAGACAGUGUUUUUGGCAACGCACGGAUGAUAUGAAAAUUUUGCCCACUUCUUGAAACGGUUCUUCUUUCAAUACUUUUUCAGUUCCUCAUCCAUGUUAUACUCGACCGUGUUUAAAUGACGGUAUCUGCAUCGACUCUUAUAGCGGUUACAACACGUAUCCUGAAAAUUGGAAUCAUGGCCACCUACAUUACCUAUGUGUUUGUCGCUCGGGCUAUACUGGGUCAAACUGUGAAGGUAGGAGGCAGUCACACGACAUAGGAACCCAAGAAUCUACACCGGCCGAAAAAACAGACACAUUCACAAGAAAAUGUUUUAAAUUGUUAAUUAUAUAUAGAGGCGUAUGGGAAAUGUACCGUAACGCUUUUAUCUAUCAAAGGUCAAUAACCGUCCCUUAGAAAUCAUAAAAAGUAGAGGCCUAUGGCUGUCUUAGAAACGCUUACACUCACCCGUCAGAGUGCACCGAAAAUUUGAUCAAUUCCGAAAAUGUUGAAUGCCCCGUUAGAUGAAAAAAAACAAAACCAAAUAAAACAAAACAAAACACAUCACAAACAGAUUGAUAUGUAGUGAAAAAUCAUAACUGAGCGAAUUAGUCUAUCAAAGUGUAAAAUUUGAUAACUUAAGUCGAAGGAAAUCGAAAUUGAAUUUGGUGAAUCUAAAGUGUUUCUCUACUUUUCAAAUUGUUUCAGUGGACAUCUGUAAGCAUUGCGACAUAAACGCAAAAUGUAUAAAUCAGACUUGUCUUUGCGUCGAAGGAUAUUAUGGCGAUGGCUUUACCUGCAAAAGUAAGUCUCCAUAGUCAUUUGCAUCUUUUUUUAUCAUUGUUUUAAAAGGAUUGGAAUCAGCAUCCUCAUUUUUAUACAAAAUCAAUUUUUAGGCGACCAUACUCGUGGAUAAUCAUUACACUACCAUUAUUUUUCAUGAAUAAAUGUCGGAUUCGCAUUUACGAUAUCCGCGAUAUCAAAGGAAUAGCACGUUAUUUUUCUAAACAAAAUUACUAUUUACUGGAGGAAUAAUUCCACUCAAACGCCAACGAAAACAACCAUAAGACGAAUGCAUAGCCUGCACUCUUAAGAACUUCGUAGGCGAAGGAACGUGCCGCAACGCCAAAAUGAAGAGUUACUAAUAGGCUAAGGAGCGCAAUGUGAAGACUUUACAGAACUGUUUUUCUUCCUUUGUUUCUUCUGUCUCUUUCUGUUCAUUCAGAAAUUCCGCAUCCUUGUCAUCCAAAUCCUUGUAAAAAUGAAGCUAAAUGCAAAGAGCUUGGUGCUGGAGAAUAUGACUGCGAGUGUCCUCCAGGAACAAGUGGCAAGCACUGCGAAGGUAACUGUAUACUUCCUUUUACCUGUAUAUGCGAAUUUUUUCCCCUGUCAAAUGUAUAUAUUAUAUCACACUUCUGUGUAACGGGUGUCCUUUUUGAUUAAUAAGCAACCAUUUUGUCUUGAUUUUAUCAUACCUUAGAAAAGGAUGCCUGUACCCCCAAUCCUUGCAAAAAUAAUGGCAAAUGUAUUCAAACUCAAGAAGGCGGCUUCAAAUGCGUUUGCGAGAAUGGAUACACUGGUACAAACUGCGAACUUCGUAAGUAAACCUUUUGUCAUGCCAAAUUCAAUUUGUGUGGGUGACAUUUGAAUAUUUUAGGGACGCCUGCGUAUGUCAAAAAAGCGAUAUAUUUAACCAUAAAGUGUCACCUAAUUUCUAUCAUUUCUCAACUGGUGUAUGCACAAAACUGAUCACAAAAAUGUAUAUCAAGGUCUAUGAUAGGAACUGGAGUAUGUAUACAUUUCCUUAGACUGAGAUACUGAUAAGCAUGAUUUUAAUAAGACAUCUUCCGGAAUCUAGUAAAAAUUCAUAAUGUUCACGUGACAAUUGAUUAAAGGUGCUCAGUAAUGUGGUAUGAAUUCAGCAUCUGAAUUGUUGCAUUUAAUCGCUAUUGUAGUUUUCGAAAGGUUCGUGGUUUUCUCUAGCUGUCAAAUUGCAAACUUGGUGGUUUUGGGAACUCUCUAAACAAAUCUUUCUUAAGAUUCAAGAAACGCUUCUUGCCCUUUGAAAGUAUAGCUGAACAAUCGAGCCAAGCAGUAUUAACCUGCAUCCUUGCUUACUUUAUAUGUUGUCUAAUAUUGUGCUUCUGGUCAGCUUUUAUGCAUUUGUGGUCACGACAAAACAAGCUCCGAUAAAUUCUCGUUUUACCUGACAAAUGGUAAAUCCGUUCACUAAAGUUAUUUUUUCACUGGUUCAUAAAAAUCUGUGAUACAUAUUUUUAGCUAUUGAUGGGUGCCAAAGUGAUCCGUGUCAGAACGGAGGAACUUGUCAAAGUGAAAACGGAAAGGUGGUUUGCAAGUGUAAAGGCAAGUUUACUGGACCAACUUGUCAAGGUGAGAGAAUGUGAUACUGCUCAAUUCUAUGCGCUAAAAAAAUGCAACGUCUUAGGUAAUUUUUGUAAAGGAAAACUUUGCUGCGGUCAGAGACUAGGCUUCUAAUUCUUUCCAAAAUCAUCUUAAGUGAUGAUCACUUGCUGAUUGUCUCCACGAGUACCAUCGAUACUAAACUGCAUUUUUAUGCUACGAAUUCUAAGAUUUUUGUUUGCUUUUAAGAAUGUGGAUGUCCAAAAGGAAACCCCUCGGCAAAUCCUCCUCUUUUCGCACAGAAAUGUGACGCCGAAGGUGAUUGCUACUGUGAAGAUGGGUUGGAUCUGAGAGACGACGGAUGCGCUAAAGGAAGUAAGUAAUGAAGCAUUUUCUGUUUAUCAUGGCUGUCAAAUGUAAUUUUUCUUUUACUUAAGUGGAAAAUCAUACUCAACUCAUUCAACUCGCACAGGAACAAAUAAUCCCUGCCUAUCCAACCCCUGUCAGAAUGGAGGAACUUGUGAGGAUAUCAAUAGUAACACAGCAUACAAAUGUCACUGUCCAGAGGGAUACACAGGAACCAAUUGUGAAAAGGGUGAGAAAUUAUGCCAUAACUAUCCACUUUAAAAGCAGUUAUAACAACAAACGACGUAAAUGUCUCAUCUUCACCCGAGGUAUGUGCAUAAAAUGUUUCGUUUCCCAUCACCUCGUCUCACACGAAAAGAAAUAACAACGAAGGAAAGAAAAGAGAAAGGGGAACUGACUUCAUGAGCGCUGGAAAAGCCUGGACGCCAGUCAAAAUGUCUUAAACUUUCACGAUGUGAUAUGCAUAUUAGAAAACUGGGUAUAAACGACCUUUGUCUAAAUUAAAACCUUGAACACAUGUUCUUGGAUAACGCAGCAAUUUCAAGUUUAAGCAAAUAGCGGCCUUUUGGGCUACCAUACGGUGGAUUGGAAAAAAAACCAAACAAAAAUGAGUCGGCAAGGAAACGAAAUUGUGGAAAUGACCAAGAUGUGAAUCAGUCAGACAUAUAUAAAGCUACUAACUUUACCCUUGCGAGAAGGAUUGAGCCUAUCUCAAUGAACAAGUACAUUAAAGAGAUUUACUUGAGCUCCUUAAAAUGAGUCUGAUCAAUCUUUUUCGUUUUUUAUGUUCUUUUCGACAGCGAUUUGCUCACCCGGUUAUUGUCUGAAUGGUGGAAUCUGCAAACCUGUUGGGAAUACGCCAACCUGUAUUUGUCAGCCUGGCUACACGGGACUAAGAUGUGAAAAAACACCACGUACUGUUUUUUUGUUUGUUUGCUUGUCCUUUUACCUAUAUCACCACUUAAUUUCGAUUUGCAGCUUAAAAUCUGUGAGAAAUUUAAAGCAAGAUGCGCUUGAAAUGACUCAGGCGCGAUUGCAGUCAGGAAGGCACGGCUUUGAAUCCUGUCGAAGCCUAAGUUCUUGCAAGCAUGUUGGAUUCUGUUGGAUUAAUUAAGAUGGCAGCCUUCGCAGACUAUUUUUAGCACAUUUAAAGGCAGUUUUCGAAAGAGUAGAUUAAUGAGUGGGCUCUUAAAAAACGUUCAAUUUGUUUGUAUACUUUAAACUGGUGAUGACAAGCAUUCUUUAGGUUUCAGAAACACUCUCCCUUUUGAAUUAAAAAACUCGUCACAGGUUGACGACAAUGCAAAAUAUUCAAAGAUAUUUUUGACACCCAAAGGCUUCGACCCAAUGAUAGCCUUAAGUACUGAGUGUUUCAUGAAGUACCUAACCGGUUGUUGACAGGUAUUAUGGGAAGCAAACAGCUAAAUAAAAUCUCGUUCUUAAAACUCGACAGGUGUUAUGGUCUGAUGUCAUAUUUUUACCCAUCAAAUGGACUUUAAAGUAGUGCUUUCUUUCUUGUACAUCUCACACGUUUGUCUCACCGACUUUGUAACAGCUAUCAAGCCCAAGGACUACUGUCACCCUAAUCCCUGCUUAAACAGCGGUAGUUGUGUUCAGGUUGUCGGAGGAUAUGACUGUCACUGCGAUGAGCAAUAUACAGGGGCCCAUUGUGAAGGUACGAAACCGAAACUGUUUGUCUCCUUUUUUUUUGUCUUCUGAAGGUGCUAAGCUUCACCAGUUGUUAUACACGCUAAUUUUACCUUAAUUUGUGGACAUUUAAAAAGAGGGGCAGUUUAACCCUUUUGAAACUGGACGAAGUUCCGGGGCUUACUUGCCAAAGAAUGACAUACAGAAAUAAUUGAUAUACUCAUAUAGGAGUGGCUCUUUGCCACAUAAACUUAGAACAAUCUCUGGUAUCCUUGUGAGAGAAUCUCGUGUCUGUCAGCAGUUAAGAUAGUUUUAAGCUCAAAAUGCCAUCUUCAAAAUCAAAAAUAGUAAAUUGAGCACUUUAUAAUGUUUGUGCUCCUUCAUUUUACAGUUGAUAAGUGCGCCAAGUGUGAUGUGCACGCCUUGUGCGUCAGAGGCCGUUGCAAGUGUAUGCCUGGUUACAUAGGAACAGGGUAUCAAUGUGUAAAAGGCAAGAUAAAAGUCAAAUUUUAAUUCAAUGCUAACAACCUGCACGAUCCAGUAUUUACUCGCCAGUUUAAGUUAUUUUAACCAUCCAAACAGUCUACAGUACGUUUUCCUUCCAUUUUUGCAAUUAACUUACCUGUUUCUCAAGACUAAAUCCGCAUACUGUAUAGAUGGUACAGUGUAGGAACACUUUAUGGUGAAAAUAGGGAUUAGGUUCAACUCAUUGCAGACUAAGAGUUGAAAUUCUACCAAUAUAUCCCCGGUUUAUAUAACCGUCUGAAAGGUGCAAGUGACGUCGCUGACUUCAUUUGAUAAAGCAGUUAAGAUUGAAUAGUAGGCUAAAAAUAAACCAUUGAUUUUAAUUUGCUUUAUAGCUCGUCACAAGCGCUGCCCGACAAUAUGUCCAGUCUAUUCAACGUGUUUACAAGGAGCUUGUCAAUGUCUACCGGGCUAUCAGAUGCAAGGAAACACCUGCAUACGUAAGAAAUAUGGUUUCAGACUAAACUUUCACCUUCCUUAAUCAAAGAGUAAUAAGUAAACAUUUGGAUUUACUUAAUUUCUUCUAUCUCCAAAGUAAAAAGUGCUUGGGAUAUAGAUUUUAUUUGUGAUGGCUUGAAAUUUGAACGUGAAAAAGCUUAGAAAUUACCUAAGAAAGACCUUUACUUUGCUCACUAGAUUGCUAGAUUCGUCAUACCGGUAUCAUUUUGGAUUUAAUGAAAAUUUUACUAAGUUCCACAAAUUCGAGUAAUUCCAAAGGUUCUUUCAGCUCCGUUGCCUCCACACCCACCACCUCCUCCAAUACAACCAGUGCCAUCACCAAUACCGCCGCCUCCAGCCCCUCCAGUGUCUUCUCAUCAGUAUGGUCUCCCUACAAUGUACUAUGCACCAUACAAACGAAGUAAAACUGAUGGGAAAAUGAAAUACUAAAUAUUCUGCACGACUGUCUCAAUCUGCUAAUUGUAAGUUUAAGAUGCUUAACAUUUAAUAAUAUGAAUAUUGCAAAGGCCGCUUGCUUUACGUCUUAAUGUCCGUUAAAAAGGAGGGGCUGAUAUCAAUGUUUGUUCGGGGCUGCUCUGCUCUUUCUUAAACUCAUUUAACCCUCAACAACUCAGUAAUCCCUUUUACUAAGCAGUGGUGGAGGUGAUUGGAGGAAGGUUACACGGACUGCGACAUAAAAACAUAAAAUGAAUAGGUAUACAUAACACACACAUCCCAACAGGGCUCCUUGACAUGUUGAAACACUAACAACACAUGGGUGUUAUCACUGACGAUGAAAAACGUAGCCACAACAUCUACUCUCUAUUUUUUUUUUUUGUUUGUUUGUUCUGUUUUGUUUUGUUUUUAACUGUGACGUACAGGUGUGACAGUUUACGCUAUACACAACGGUGAAAAUGAAGAGGAAGAGGAGGAGGAGGAGGAAGAAGAAGGAGAGGAAGUCGAACCUACUCCUCCAAUUCCUAGUACAAUUAACCCGACACAACCAUCCUCAGCGCCAGUUCCGGUACCAUCACCACAGCCGCCUGCCACAACUCCAGUUCCACUACCACCGCAACCAUCCCCACCUCCCCCUAUUCCUCCACCGCAACCAUCGCCACCACCCCCUGUUCCUCCACCGCAACCAUCCCCACCUCCCCCUGUUCCUCCACCGCAACCAUCGCCACCUCCUCCCGUUCCUCUCCCGCAGCCAUCCCCACCUCCCCCUGUCCCACCACCACAACCAUCCUCUCCUCCCCCCGUUCCUCCACCAGUACCAUCUGCACCACCACCUGUUCCCCAGCCUUCCGCGGCUCCACCGCCGGUCGCACCUGCUCUUCCACCGGCACCCGGUCCACCACCUCCAAUCAGCAGUCCAUCUGCUGCUGCUCCACCCUCUCCGACAUCUUAUGGGCCGCCUUCCAUGGAUUAUCCUCAGUAUUCUGACUAUCCUGUAAACUAUCGUUACCCACCAUAUUACAGGUCGAAUUACAGACCAUAUUACAGGUCGAAUUACAGACCAUAUUACAGGGCUCUGUAUGGUUAUUAACAUGUUGAAAAGAAUAGUUGCAUUCGAGGAAACUAUUUUUCUUGAUUGAAAAUUUCGUUUUACUAUUUCAUAUUCUUACUAUUUCCUUUGUACGUGAUUGAUUUUCAGGAUAAAAAGGACUGAAAGAAGAAUCAACACAAAUUUCAUCAAGUAAAUUCCGAGCUGAUGUGAUAGAAAAUAAGAAGGAAUUAACCGAAAGAUUUAUUUUGAUAGCACAAUUCAUUAUUCACACAACAAUAUAGAUAAAAAGCUUGGUCAGAUAUAAUUCGAAAUUAGUAAAUAGUGUAAAUGAAAAAAAGAAACAAACAAGCAAAGAGUGUCAUCUAAAUUAUAAAGUCUUCUUUAAUAAAGAACUAUUUGUUGACAUCUUUGAGAUUAUAUUGCGUG